AAAUCAUGGAGCGGUUUUUUUGGCGAGAGAAAAACAAGGCGAGUCUUGCUUCUGAAUCUCUCCCCGAUUUGUGAUGUCCAUGCAGUAAGUUUUUGCAUUGAUCGACGACCAAGUUCGUGUCUCUCGUCUCCCCAGUUUUGGUUUUCCGUUACAGUAAUGUGCAGAAAAAUGGCUAUCUCCUUGCAUCGCGCCGGGAGGUCUUGCUCCUCCUUGCGUGGGUUGCAAAUGUGGGUCAGCCGGUCAGACUUUUUGUCGCGACCAACAGAAACUCGGAAGCAGAAACUUCUCAGGACUUUGUGUACCUUCACCACAACGCGACCGCACAGCACCGUAGCCGCUACACUAGACGCCCCGGUCGCUACUUCUAGCGCACCCCGAGAGGAGCCCGUUGCACCCUCUGGAACGCGCUUCAGUAUACGAUCGUCCUCCGGCGUAUCUGCGUCCUCUACUGCGACUUCUAUCCUAGACGACGUGCUUGUCAAUGGUGCUGCAACAUCGAAAGCGACCUCGUCCACCAUCGCGGGCACCGGCUGUUGCAAUGCCCCCACAGCCCCCAGAGAAGUGCAGCCCGACCUUCCCCUCUCCAACAUUCCCGGCGCGGGCAACAUGCGAAAAAAGCGCACCCCCGAGGAACGGAAGCAGCGACGGGCGGAAGCGCAGGCGAGCCGCGACAGCGCGCGGGCGGACUUCCACAAAGCACGGGUGUGGUAUUACACGAAAAACAGUGGCGCAACCAUGUUGAGCUUCGCGAUCGGCUACUGGGGAACGCGGUGGUAUGAAGAUUAUUGUAGCGAACAAAAAAGAUCUGAAGGGGUGGAUGGAAAUUCUGUGCUUCCUAGUGCCGAAGAUACUGCAAAAAGCUAGCGUCUUCUUUUGAUUACAACUCGUGUAGACCACAGAUCUUAAUAUUUUCGCGCACUGCAAGUGCAACUGCUGCAGCUCGGUGGUGGCGCUAGCUGCAUUCAGGGUGACAACAACUACGACCGAGCGUCUGCCGCGAGACUCUGUCCUCUUCCGGUUUUGGGACGAGAUAAUUUUCCAUCUUCUUAUCGAAUUCCAAUUCGAGUGCUUUCAAGCUGCGUUUUCCGUCACAUUUUUCUUUGUCUUCACCUGCGGAGAUUAUACGCUCCUCAAAUUUCGGUAUGGUCGUUCUUCUCGGUGUUUUUCUUCCGCU